AGCUCGUCAACUUCGGUGCUUUUUGUUUGUUGUGACAACUUGUGCAUAGUCAGUGCGAUCUUUAUUAUUUCUGGUAAUUACCUUUCCAUCCUCCUCCUUUCACUUCCAAAAACUGGAACCCACUUCUCCCCUACGGUGUAUAUCGGCGAGUUACUAGCUCCUCUUUCUGCCUCGCAUUCUAUUAUUAUUUUUUAAACGAUAACCGUUGUGUACCUCUCACUCCACAGGAUGUCGACCACCACUGCCGUCCAGCAGCUCCCUCUCUUCCAGCCCAUUACGGCCAAGUCGGAGGAGCGCAUUACGCAAAUGUACGAGGAGAUUAAGCGACUUUACCAACCGCUCCCGGUGCUCUUCCAGCGUGCCAUCGACCACGGCACGUCGGAGCUGCCCACCCCGCAGAACGACGUCCGGCUCAUCUGCUACGCCUUCCUCGUGGCCCGCAACUGGAAUGUGAAGGAGGCGGUGCAGAUGGCGCAGGAGGCCAUUCGCUUCAUCGAGAAAUUCCGCCUCGGCGAUCUCAGCAUGUUCCCUUCGGGUUACAGCAUCCGCGGCUACGACGAGGCGAAGGUGGCGUCGCUCUUAGGGGCACCGUGGGGAUCGACGAAUAGCGAGCUCUACCGCUGCAUGAGCACCAUGGCCUCACUGUCGAUGACAGGCUUCCACUACUGGGACCGCCGCGGGUUGCCGGUUGCGUACUGGUUGGCCGGUCGCGUGCAGACGCACACGAUGCUGAAGAAGGCCAAGGCGCAGUUGCCGGUGGGCACGACGGUGGAGGACUACUUCCAGCUCUUCGGGGGUGGCGUGGUGGAAACGGGCUGGUACCUGUGUGCCUACCAGGACACCGUCCUCGCGUCCAACCCGCAGCCCGGCAUCGACAUGGGCGCCCCCCGCCGCAAUUUCUGCACGGUCGUGGUGGACUGCAAAGGCUUGAACUACAAGAUGAUCGACAGGCCGCUGCUGGAGAAGGUAAAGGCGACGCUGCAGCAGAUGAACUGCGUCUUCGCCGACUUCAUCCACCGCGUGCUCGUUGUGAACUGCCCGCCCAUGGUAAAGUUUGCCUACACGCUGCUCAAGUCCGCGCUGACGGAGGGCAUCCAGCAGAAGUUGACCUUUCUCGCGCCAGAGAACUCCGUGGCGGCGCUCGACGCCAUCAUUGGGCUGGAGCGGGUGCCGAGCUUCAUGGGCGGUCGAUGCAACUGCCCGGGCGGCUGCUUACCGUGCUACAACCCGAACGCGUCGCUGAGCUCGGAGGAGGUCGUCGGUGAAGGCGACCUCGUGACGGAGGACAUUAAACUCGGCGCGGGCACGAAGCACGAGAAGGUGUUUGAGCUGGCGCAAGGGGAGGAGGUGAUUUGGGAAUUCUCCACGACGAAAGGCACCGACGUGCGCUUCUGGGUAAUGUUCUACCCCAAGCAGGCCGGCAUCUCGACCGACGUCAAGAAGGGACGGAUGCGGGUGAAGAUCGAUAAGUCGGUGAGGCGCACGACAGCGGAGAACCCCGUGGUGAAGCAGGAAAAGCUGAAGGACGGCGCGGACAGCUUCAUGGCCCCCGAAGACGGCAUUUUGCAGCUCGUGUGGGACAACAGCCGCGCCAUGGUGCACGACAAAUCAAUACAGAUGCGUGUGUACAAGUCCGAUCCGAUACUUGAGGUAGCGGAGUAA